AUGCUUCUUUUCCUUAUCCGUCACGGCGAGUCCGUUGACAAUGUGGCCGGUGUCUACGCAGGUGUGCGCGAUUCUCCCCUCACAAACCAUGGCGUCCUCCAGGCCAAGCGUUUGGGUGCCCACCUUGCCUCGCGUCGAGAUGUCACCGGCCCCGUCGUUUCCCUCUUCACUUCGAAUCUCCGGCGGGCGUAUCUGACAGCUGAAGCUAUUGCUGACGCCCAAGGUGCCAAUACCCCACGUCCUGAUGGCAGUUCCUCUCGGCUUGAGCCUGUACAGCUCACUGAGCUCCGGGAAAAGAAUUUUGGGUCAGGCGAAGGCAUCAAGUACGGCGCACUGUCGAGUAGGCGCACCGCCGGAGAUUUGGAGCAAGACGAGGAAACUCGCGAGCAGAUGACGGUUCGAGUGAACCGCUUCAUUGAUACACACCUACGGGCUAUUCUUGAAAAGCACGCACCUGAGAAAGUGUCUGUUGUCAUUGUGGCGCAUGGGCUCAUCCUCGGUUCCCUCUUGAAGGCAUUGACGACACACUUUCCCGAUGUCAACUCUGCACCGUCACAAGGCCCGCAUGAACAGCCCCUGGCUUCGUGGAGCAACACAGGAGUCCUUCAAGCGAAGAUCAAGCCUACCUGUGCAGCUGAUGCCUCCACUUCGGCAUUAGAUGGCCAGCGCAGACGCGAGCCUUUGAAUCGUCUACGAUUGUCAAUGAUGGUGCAGCUUGUUAACAACGUGGACCACCUCGUGGGUCUGAAGAAGACCAGAGGAGGCAUUGGGAGCGCCCGAUUCGAUACGCGGCAACGUAAAAUGACCUCGUUCUUUACGCCAGCAAAGAAGCGCAAAGCUGAUGAGGCAGAGUGA